GGGCGGCCGGCGAGUCUGGAGCCCGCGCCGUCGCCGGCCGCGUCCUCCGGGCAUGGAAGGAGGCGGCAAGCCCAACUCUUCGUCCAACAGCCGGGACGAUGGCAACAGCGUCUUCCCAGCCAAGGCGUCCGCGACGGGCGCGGGGCCGGCCGGGGCCGAUACGCGCCUGGGUACCCCGCCGGGGGGCGGCGGGGCCGGCGCGAAGGAGCACGGCAACUCCGUGUGCUUCAAGGUGGACGGCGGCGGCGGCGGCGGCGAGGAGCCGGCGGGGGGCUUCGAGGACGCCGAGGGGUCCCGGCGGCCGUACGGCUUCAUGCAAAGGCAGUUCACCUCCAUGCUGCAGCCCGGGGUCAACAAAUUCUCCCUCCGUAUGUUUGGGAGCCAGAAGGCGGUGGAGAAGGAGCAGGAAAGGGUUAAAACUGCAGGCUUCUGGAUUAUUCACCCGUACAGCGAUUUCAGGUUUUAUUGGGAUUUAAUAAUGCUUAUAAUGAUGGUUGGAAAUCUGGUCAUCAUACCAGUUGGAAUCACAUUCUUUACAGAGCAAACAACAACACCAUGGAUAGUUUUCAAUGUGGCAUCGGAUACAGUUUUCCUGUUGGACCUGAUCAUGAAUUUUAGGACUGGGACUGUCAAUGAAGACAGUUCUGAAAUCAUCCUGGACCCUAAAGUGAUCAAGAUGAAUUAUUUAAAAAGCUGGUUUGUGGUUGACUUCAUCUCAUCCAUCCCAGUGGAUUAUAUCUUUCUUAUUGUAGAAAAAGGAAUGGAUUCAGAAGUUUACAAGACAGCCAGGGCACUUCGCAUUGUGAGGUUUACAAAAAUUCUCAGCCUCUUGCGUUUAUUACGACUUUCAAGGUUAAUUAGAUACAUACAUCAGUGGGAAGAGAUAUUCCACAUGACGUAUGAUCUUGCCAGUGCGGUGGUGAGAAUUUUUAAUCUCAUCGGCAUGAUGCUGCUCCUAUGCCACUGGGAUGGUUGUCUUCAGUUCUUAGUACCACUACUGCAGGACUUCCCACCUGAUUGCUGGGUGUCUCUAAAUGAAAUGGUUAAUGAUUCUUGGGGAAAACAGUAUUCAUACGCACUCUUCAAAGCUAUGAGUCACAUGCUGUGCAUUGGGUACGGAGCCCAAGCCCCCGUCAGCAUGUCUGACCUCUGGAUUACCAUGCUGAGCAUGAUUGUCGGGGCCACCUGCUACGCCAUGUUUGUCGGCCACGCCACAGCUUUAAUCCAGUCUUUGGAUUCUUCCAGGAGGCAAUAUCAAGAGAAGUAUAAGCAAGUGGAACAAUAUAUGUCAUUCCAUAAAUUACCAGCUGAUAUGCGUCAGAAGAUACAUGAUUACUAUGAACACAGAUACCAAGGCAAAAUUUUUGAUGAGGAAAAUAUUCUCAGUGAACUCAAUGAUCCUCUGAGAGAGGAGAUAGUCAACUUCAACUGUCGGAAACUGGUGGCUACAAUGCCUCUUUUUGCUAAUGCGGAUCCCAAUUUUGUAACUGCCAUGCUGAGCAAAUUGAGAUUUGAAGUGUUUCAACCUGGAGAUUAUAUCAUACGAGAAGGAGCUGUGGGUAAAAAAAUGUAUUUUAUUCAACAUGGCGUUGCUGGUGUCAUUACAAAAUCCAGUAAAGAAAUGAAGCUGACAGAUGGCUCUUACUUCGGAG